AUGAAAUCUAAAGUCCUACUUGAGAAUAGCCAAGGGUCUGUUCCAAAAAAAUUACCAGAUAUUAAAAUAAGCACUCCACCCACUUCUCAAACUUUGAAAACCAAUCAAACUAAUGCAUUAGAGAUGCAAGAGAAAUAUUUGGAUUCAGUUGAAGUAAGUACAUCGGCAAAUGUAUCUUCUUCCA